AACUCUGAUAAACAUUGCAUUAAAAACAAUUGUUAUUGCAAGCUUCAUUUAUUAUUUAAUUAAAUCCAUAGCAGACAGUCAUUUAGAUAUUGGAUGAAUCAGAGGGCGAAUCAAACGAACAAGUGACGAAAACGAACAAUAAAAACAGCAGCUGCAUUGCCUUCGAAAUUGCAGCGAAAUUAAUGCAAAACUGGCACACACAGGCAGCAGAAGUAGUGGCAGCAGCAUGCGGCGUAAUAACUAUCCCUACCAACCGCUGAACCAGCAACCACCGCCCAGUGGACACGAUGCUCUGGAGGCGGAAAACGAACGAGCUGCGGAGGAGCUGCAACAGAAGAUUGGCGCCCUUAAAUCGCUGACCAUCGAUAUUGGCAAUGAGGUGCGAUACCAGGACAAACUGUUGCGCGGCAUUGAUGACGACAUGGACAGGACUGGGGGAUUCCUGGGCAACACAAUGACGAGAGUUGUGCGUCUGGCCAAACAAGGCGGCGGCUCCAAACAAAUGUGUUACAUGUUCCUCUUUGUGCUCUUUGUUUUUGUUAUUCUCUGGUUGACGCUAAAGUUCAAAUAGUCUGUGCAGUGUGUCAGUGUGUGAUUAAAAUAUAUAUUUUUUAGAUACGAA